GUUCCCCGUGUAAAGCGACACCGGACACAUCGGAAGAAGUUUGAGGGAGUUUGAGGAUCCGUCCACCACGUCUACACACUUCAAUCGCGUUAGAGAAGCUGCUGCAACGCAUUACAGCAGCAACGAGCCAUUCCUUUGCACAACACAAACGGAAGAUGAUACGGUUGAUACAGAUGAUUCUCCUGGCUUUCCUAGUGACUUUUGUGGCUUGCAACGCGCCGCCGGUACCGUUAGAUGACAUCGUGAUAGAGAAGACCUUCACCCCGGAGCGCUGCGAGCGGGCGGUCAAAUCCGGAGACUAUGUUCGGUAUCAUUACAUCGGCAUGUUUCCUGAUGGAAAGAAGUUUGACUCCAGUUAUGACCGUGGAAACACCUAUAACGUGUUUGUCGGCCAGAAGCAGCUGAUCGCUGGGAUGGACAAAGCUUUAGUGGGGAUGUGUGUUAAUGAGCGAUGGAUGAUCAAAAUCCCUCCACAGCUCGCCUACGGAAAGGAUGGUUACGGUGACAUCAUCCCUCCAGACUCCAUCCUUCACUUUGAUGUGCUGAUGUUGGAUAUUUGGAACAAAGAAGACAAGGUGCAGAUAAAGACCUACCACAUGCCGGAGAGCUGUGAGCGAAAAGUACAAGUGUCUGAUUAUAUCCGCUACCACUACAAUGGCACUCUGCUUGAUGGCACGCUGUUCGACUCCAGUCACACACGCAUGCGCACCUAUGACACUUACGUGGGCAUUGGCUGGCUGAUUGCAGGAAUGGACCAGGGGCUUCUAGGAAUGUGUGUGGGAGAAAAACGCAUCAUCACCUUGCCACCUUUCCUGGGCUAUGGAGAGAAUGGAGAUGGAAGUGACAUCCCCGCUCAGGCUUCUCUGGUGUUCGAUGUGGUUCUGCUGGACCUUCAUAACCCCAAAGAUGAAAUCGCAGUAAAGGUAGAAUACCUUCCAGAUCCUUGUCCACGCAAGAGUCAAGUUGGAGACUUCAUGCGUUAUCAUUAUAACGGCUCUCUGCUGGACGGCACUUUCUUCGAUUCCAGUUACUCAAGGAAUCACACAUAUGACACUUAUAUCGGCAAAGGCUAUGUGAUCGCAGGAAUGGACCAAGGGCUUCUGGGUGUGUGUGUUGGAGAGCGCAGAAGGAUUACUAUCCCACCUCAUCUGGCAUAUGGAGAGGAGGGCACCGGAACUAAGAUCCCUGGAUCAGCUGUGCUGGUGUUCGAUGUCCAUAUUAUUGACUUCCACAACCCCUCUGAUACAGUGGAGAUCACCAGCGUGAAGCCGGAGAACUGCACUUACAACGCAAAACGUGGAGACUUUGUCAAAUACCAUUACAACGCCACUCUCAUGGACGGCACUGACAUCGGCUCCACGCACAUGUAUGGUAAGACGUAUAAUGUGGUUCUGGGAUCCGGACAGGUUGUCAUAGGAAUGGAGCAAGGCCUUACGGGAAUGUGUAUCGGAGAGAAGCGCAAGCUAGUUAUUCCACCUCACCUUGCAUAUGGAGAGAGGGGAGUGGAUGGAGAGGUGCCUGGCAGUGCAGUGCUGGUGUUUGAGGUUGAGAUGGUGGAUGUGGAGGAAGGUCUUCCUGAAGGCUACAUGUUUGUGUGGAAUAACAACGUCACACCUGACCUCUUCAGUGAAAUGGACAAGAACAAAGACGCACAAGUGGACAAAACUGAGUUUUCAGAUUACAUCCUCCAGCAGGUAGAAGAGGGCAAAGGUCGUCUGGCGCCAGGUUUCGAAUCGCAGCGCAUCAUCGAGAGCAUGUAUGAUAAUCAGGACCGCAAUAAAGAUGGAAUAAUCACAGAGGACGAGUUUAAACUCAAAGCAGACGAAGCAGCAGCUCAUGACGAGUUAUAAGACUGGACUCUGGGAUGGAGGGUUGUGAUUGGUUGUGUGUGGUUUAAUAUUAUAAUAAGUGGGAGGGGUAUAAAGAUAUUGAAUUUGCCAGUGAAGUGUCGCUCAGUGAUGUUGAUGCCUUGUUUGUCUGAGAGGUGUGUGUGUGUUUGUGUGUUCAUAAGUGUGUUUAUAUAUGACUUUUUUUCUAUGUGACUUGAAAUGUUUGUCUGGAGUGGUGAUACAAAUGUGCAAAACUUUACUUUGUAAAAAAAAUCCCUUAAAUAAACACAUUCCAACCCC